CAGGAUUUCCUCUCGUUUGCUCAUCUGGGGUCCUCUCUUCGCUGUUGCGUGUUCAGGAGGAUUCAGGUGUCUCUGCAGCAGCCUCUGUCACCCUGUGGCCUGCAGAUAUUGGGAGAUCUGUAGCGGUGACGCUAGUACAUACCGGAAGCUGGGAAAUGAGACUAUUGACAUUCAAGGAGGUGUCUAUAGAAUUCUCUGUGGAUGAGUGGGCCUGCCUGGACCCUGCUGAACAGAACUUGUAUCGGGAUGUCAUGUUAGAGAACUAUAGAAACCUGGUCUUCCUCGGGCUUGCUGUCUCUAAGCCAGACCUCAUCACCUGCCUGGAGAAAAACAAAGAACCCUGGAAGGUGAAGACACACCAGACAGUAGUCAAGCACCCAGUUAUGUCUAAUCAUUCAACCCAAGACCAUUUGCAAGAGUUGGGCACAAAUAUUUUAUUUCCAGAGAGGAUCCUGAGAAGAUAUCAAACCUGUGGUCCUGAGAAUUUAAACUUAACAAAAGACUGGGAAAGUCUGUAUGAGUGUAAGGAAGAGAAAGUAUGUCCCAGUGGAAUUGACCAAUAUUUUACAGAUACCCAUGGCAAAAUCUUCCAAUGUAGUAAAUGUUUGAAAGUCUUCAGAAAAUUGUCAAAUCUAAAUAGACAUAAGACAAUAUAUACUGUAGAGAAAAGGUUUAAAUGUAAAAAGUGUAGGAAAGCUUCUCACCAAUGCUCGCACAUUACAGAACAUAAGAUAAUUCAUAUUGGAGAAAAACAGUACAAAUGUAAAGAAGUUAGCAAAGGCUUCCAAUCUUGCUCAAGAGUAUCUAAGCAUAAGAGACUUCACACUGGAGAGAAACUCUACAAUUAUGAAAAUUCUGGCAAAUGUCUUAGCCACAUUUCAAAAUAUGAUAAGCAUGAGAGUGUUGAUACUGGAGGAAAACCCUAUAACUAUAAACAAUGUGACAAAUUUACCAACCAGUACUCACACCAUUCUGGAUAUCAAAGAAUUCAUUCUGGAGAGAAAGCCUACAAAUGUCAAGAAUGUGGCAUAGCCUUUAACCAGUACUCAGACCUUUCUAGACAUCAAAGAAUUCAUUCUGGAGACAAACCCUACAAAUGUCAAGUAUGUGGCAAAGCCUUUAACCAGUGCUCACACCUUUCUAGACAUCAAAGAAUUCAUUCUGGAGACAAACCCUACAAAUGUGAAGAAUGUGGCAAAGCCUUUAACCAGUACUCAAACCUUUCUAGACAUACAAGAAUUCAUUCUGGAGAGAAACCCUACAAAUGUGAAGAAUGUGGCAAAGCCUUUAAUCAGUACUCACACCUUUCUAAACAUCAAAGAAUUCAUUCUGGAGACAAACCCUACAAAUGUGAAGAAUGUGGAAAAGGCUUUAACAGUUCUUUAACCCUUUAUAGACAUCAAAGAAUUCAUUCUGAAAAGAAACCCUACAAAUGUCAACAAUGUGGCAAAACCUUUAACCAGUACUCACAGCUUUCUAGACAUCAAAGAAUUCAUUCUAGAGACAAACCCUACAAAUGUCAAGAAUGUGGCAAAGCCUUUAAACAGUACUCACACCUUUCUAGACAUCAAAGAAUUCAUUCUGGAGAGAAACCCUACAAAUGUCAACAAUGUGGCAAAGCCUUUAACCAGUACUCACAUCUUUCUAGACAUACAAGAAUUCAUUCUGGAGACAAACCCUACAAAUGUGAAGAAUGUGGCAAAGCCUUUAAUCAAUACUCAAACUUUUCUAAACAUAAAAUGAUUCAUUCUGGAGACAAACCCUACAAAUGUGAAGAAUGUGGAAAAGGCUUUAACAGUUCUUUAACCCUUUGUAGACAUCAAAGAAUUCAUUCUGAAAAGAAACCCUACAAAUGUCCAGAAUGUGACAGAGCCUUCAAAUGGUACUCAACCUUUUCUGUACAUCAAAGAAUUCACUCUGGAGAGAAACCCUACAAAUGUCAAGUAUGUGGCAAAGCCUUUAACCAUAGUUCAACACUUGCUAAACAUCAAAGAAUUCAUUCUGGAGAGAAACCCUACAAAUGUCAAGUAUGUGGCAAAGCCUUCAACCGAUACUCACACCUUUCUGUACACCAAAGAAUUCAUUCUGGAGAAAAACCCUACAAAUGUGAAGAAUGUGGCAAAGCCUUUAACCAGUACUCAACCCUUUCUAAACAUCAAAGAAUUCAUUCUGGAGAGAAACCUUUCAAAUGUCAAGAAUGUGGAAAAGCCUUUAACCAAUCCUCACAUCUUUUUGUACAUAGAAGAAUUCACUCUGGAGAGAAACCCUACAAAUGUGAAGAAUGUAGCAAAAACUUUAACCAGUUCUCAACCCUUACUAAACAUCAACGAAUUCAUUGGAAGAGAAACCCUACAAAUGUGAAGAAUGUUGAAAAGAUUUUAACAGUUCUUUAACCCUUUUUAGACAUCAAAGAAUUCACUCUGAAUAGAAACCCUAUGUAUUUCAAGGAUGUGGCAAAACAUUUAACCAGUACUCAGACCUUUCUGUACAUAAAAGAAUUCAUUCUGGAGUGAUACCUACAAAUGUCAAGAAUGUGGCAAAGCCUUUAACCAGUCAGUACUCAAGCCCUUCUAGACAUAAAAGAAUUCACUCUGUAGAGAAACCCUACAAAUGUGAGGAAUAUGGCAAAGCCUUUAAUGUUAAUUCAUCCCUUAGUAAAUAUCAAAGAAUUCAUUCUGGAGACAAACCCUUCAAAUGUCAAAAAUUGGCAAAGCCUUUAACUGGUACUCAUGUCUUACUGUACAUUAAAGAAUUCAUUCUGGAGAGAAACCAUACAAAUGUGAAGAAUGUGGCAAAGGCUUUAACUCAUGCCUGACCCUUUCUAGAUACAAAAAAAUUUGAUUCCAAAGAGAAACCCUAUAGAUGUGAAGAAUGUGGCAAAUCUUGCCAAAAAAUAAAUAAAGUAACAAUAUUAAAUUGUGGCAAAGCCUUUGCUACUAGUCACAGUUUUCUGUACACAAUAGAAUUCAUGUUAAAGACAAACUACAAAUAUGGAGAACUUGACAAAUGUUUAACUUGUGCUCAAACCAUUUUAUAAAUGUAAAAUUUAUCAGAGAAGUCUCAUAGAAAUAUUAAGAAAGUGUCAAAUACUAUGGCAAGUACUCACUCAUUUCAGUACUUAAUAGAAUUCAUAGAGAAUUUCUAUGUAUUUGAAGAGUAUUACAAUAUGUUUAAAUAUUUUUCAUACUUUCUAGUCAGAAUUCACAUGAAAGAAAUACUCUGCAAAUGUCAGUCAUGUAUCAAAGCCUUAAAAUUGUGUUUAUUCUGUUAGGACUGCUAAGGAGAGACAGGAUCAGAUGAUACUAGGAGAUCUUUUGUCCAUAAUAAGAGAAACAAUUGGACCAGAAGAGGCUUCUAAGAAAGAAAAGCUGGCAUUUCAAGAAGGCUUCCGAAAACUGAACUGAUGUUUUCUCUACAAAAAUGAAUCUCAGAGGUAGAGAAACCAAAAUAUGGAGAAAUUGCCCAGACCACAAAAAGGGGUCUUUGGAGCAUAAAUACAAGUAAGGUGACAGUAGGCUUAAGUGACCUAUUUUCAUUAACAUAGUAACAUUAACACUGGUUCAGUCACACUUUACAAUUACAAUGACAUAGUGUUCAUUGAUUACAGGGAUAGAAAUGGGAAGACUCUCCAUUCUGAAAGUUUUUCCCCGUUUUCAGGAAAACCAUGAAUAUUUUAUCCCCACAUCACUUACCAUAGAAUUGGAAAAUCUGAGUAAGGGGAAAAAUUUUACUAAAUCCAGGGUCAUCUCCACUUGAAAAGGUAGAUAUGUUUCUUCUCUGGAGUGUAUAGUUCUCUAGUAAACUUUG